UGGCUGGUUUACAUACGUUAUUGACUAGAAAUGAAUUAUUUAGACCGGAACGAAGUUUCUUCAUUGACUUCACACGAUACAGCUAUACAAAACAAUUAUUUAUAGAACGAGCUAAAAAUUGCUGAAUCUACUAUUGAAUAACAGUUCUUCAGCUAUUUUCAAUCUACGCACUUUGACGUAAGAGAGUGAGUUGUGGGAUAGUUGACGUACACGGUGUUUUUUUCCUAGACGUUUUCAAGGGGUUUUAGGUUAUUUUGAGAAUAAGUAGGCUGUAGGUUAGGUGUAGGUUAUACUAGGUGGGUUAGGUGUAGGUUAUACUAGGUAGGUUAGGUGUAGGCUAGGUACUGGAUUUGUAGAUUCAAGGUUUUGUUAGAUACAAUGUUUAUUGGGGUCAUAGAUUGUCUAAUAUAUUAGGUUCAUUAUGGUUAUUAGGUAUUAGGGCUCUCCCUAGGUCCCUGACUUUACUAGGUUCUAUAUUCCCCCAGGACCUGCAUUUUUCUUGGGUUCUAAAUUCUUCUUAAACACCUAGGUUCCAAAUUUAACCCUAUAUACCUCUAAGUCCUAUGUUUACUUUGGGUUAUAGGUCCUCCUUAGGCUCCCACUAGGACUCACCUUACUUCCAAGCUCUAAAUUCUAACUAGGUUCCAAAUUUCCCUAGGACCCACAUCUUUUGUGAGAUCCAACUCCUUUGUAACCUCUCAUAAGACUGUAAUCUUCCUAGAACUCAUAAGUUCUCUCUGGUCCUAUCUUUAGUGUGGGUCCCAGGUCCUACUGAAGCACCCUCUAGGUCCUAGACUCUCCCUACAUUCUAAAUUCCCUAGGACCUCAUUUUUCUGUGAAUUCUAGGUCCUUUGUAACCUCUCCCUAGGUUGCAAUCUUCCUAGAAGUUAUAAAUUCUCUUAGGUCCCAGAUUUAUUGUAGGUCCUAUGUCCUCCUGAAGCACUACCCAGAUCCUAGACUCCUCCUACGUUCUAAAUUCCCCUAGGAUCUUGACUAUCUUAUGACCUUGAGUUCUAUGUCUCUUUUAGACAGUACCUUCUGUCUCAAACAUUCGCUAGGUUAUAAAUUUCCCUAGGUCCAAGAUUUUCUCAAUGGCAUAGGCCUUCCUUAAGCUCCUCCUGAGUCCUCAGCCUCCUCCCAAGUCCCAGUCUCCUUAAAUCCUAAUCCGUUUUAAUAUAUCUAUAUUGCACUUUCCCACAAAUAUGACCCACGAUCAUCAUCCACAAAGACGGCUUCCAAUCAUGACCCACGAACGUGACCCAAUAUAUCCCUAUUUUACCUUCCCACAAUCAUGACCCACAAACACAACCCAAUAUAUCCUUAUUCUACCUUCUCCCAAUCAUGACCCACAAAAAUGUCCCACAAUCAUGACCCACAAACACGACCCACAAUCAAAACAGUACAAUUUAUCUCACAUCUGACAUCAAUUCCUCCCCUCACAACCACCCCCUCAUCCCCAUCUACAAACCCACAUCCACAAAAUUUAUCAAACCUAUUCUGCCAGAUUUGAACUCAGUCAUACUGAAAAUUCCACAUAAAUUCCCCGAAAAAAAAACAAAGAAAGCCAAAACUAGAGCAUCGACCCACUCAUUGCUUACAUCUCGAUUGCCAAAUCUUCCUGGCUCGUUCUUGAACCCGGUCGUUCGAUCCGGAUAAAAAGUUAUCGCGGAAGAGGCGGUGGCGACAGAUGUGGCGUUACGCGGACGCAUUGGCGUCGGUUAUUCGACUCCUGGACGCCGCGCAUAAUCGUCGCCGGCGAAGGCCUGCGCCUGAUAAACGCGCCGCCUCGAGAAGAGGGAGGCGAGCGUGCCGGAGCGUUGCAUAAUCGUCGAGCGGGUAACAGACGCUGUCGCGAGUCGGAAAUGAAAGAGGAACACGGCUGAGACUCCUAAGCCGCGCAUCGGUCAGGAUCAUCGUCUGGAGGUGCGCGAGGAUCAUGCAAUCACAUUCGGAUUGGCGCUCGACAAUAAUCGUAACAUGCAGUUUCGCCAUAGUCUUCGUGGCACUAGUGUGGACCGUCCGAAGAAGCUCAGAAAAGGAAAAGAAAUCAAAAAGCAUCGAAAAAGAGAAGCCAGAGAUCGUUAACGGAGUCGUCCAUUCACCUCAACCGGAUGAUCCUCAACCGGAAGCCGAGGACCAGAACGAUGACACCAUUCCUGAAUUACCUGAUCCCAACUGGGUGAAGGUGGGUCAAGUUCGAGAACUGUACGUCUACCCUCUAAAAUCUGGUCGAGGGAAAGAAUUGAGGGAAUGCAACUUCACUCGGUUUGGAAUUUGCGAGGAAAGCGAAGGGAAAUUCACCCUUCGAGACAGAAUGUUUCUAGUGUACAACGAAGAGACCGGACGUUUCCAAACUGGAAGGCAAUUUCCGACGUUGAUUUUGAUCAGCCUGUCAGCGGUGGACGAGUCUAGGGUGAAACUAGAAGCGCUAGGGAUGCCCAGAGUGGUGUUCCACGUGCCGGAGAGUUCGGGGGACGAUGUCGAAGCCGUUCAGUGCAAAAUGUGGUGGGGUGAGCCGGUGAAGUGUAUCGAUUGUGGCCCGGAAGCUGCUGAAUGGCUAUCGAGAUUCUUAACCGGAACCAGUUCAGGUCUCCGCCUCGGCUACACCAUGAUGGACAAUCGCGACCUCUUCAAAGAACCCUGGAAAAAGUUUACAGAAGUGUACUCCACGCUCCGAAACGAAGACACCGGUCUCUUCUGCGACCUCGCAAGCUACAUGCUAAUGACCGUGCAGUCCGUCGAACACCUAAACCAGAAGCUAGAGCAACCCGUACCAGCUCUACAAUUCCGUCCAAACAUUUUGGUCUCCACCAAAGAGGCCUUCUCGGAAGACGACUGGGAGUGGAUACGAAUCGGUGAUCGAGCUGUGAUCAGAAACGUUAAACCCUGCACACGGUGUAAAUUUGUGCUUGUCAAUCCUGAUAGCGGAGUAGUGGACGACGAAGAGCCAUUGAAGACUCUGAAAACAUUUAGACAACACACGGACCCAGACCGAAUUUCGUUAGAAGGAACAGCUCCGGUCAUGGGCAUCUACUGCGGACUCUACGUCCCUGGAAAAGUGAACAUCGACGACGACGUCUUCGUCCACAUUCCUGAAUCUUCCACGAACCGUGAGACAAAAUAAGUAACUUCCAAUGGCCUUCUCUGAAAGUGUUUUGCAAAUAGUAUUUUAUAAACAAUUCCGAAAACCGACAAUAUUAUACAAGCAACGAUUUUUACUAUGAAUUGUGAUUACUACGAACCUUGUUACUAAAGAAAGCUUUGUACACCGGGUGUCCAAAAGUUCCAUUGUUUAACGACACCCUAUAGAUGUUAAAAAAUCGUUGAAUAAACUUUGUUAUAGAAUUA